AUGGUAUCUGAGCACCUCACACUCAAUGAUGACACCCCUGUGUGCUUUGUGGGCAGAAGCAAUGUUGGGAAAUCCUCCUUAAUAAAGGCCUUGUUUUCAUUGGCUCCCGAUGUUUAUGUCCGAGUGUCAAAAACUCCAGGCCACACAAAGAAAAUGAAUUUCUUCAAAGUGGGGAAAUACUUUACGUUGGUGGACAUGCCAGGCUAUGGCUACCGAGCCCCGCAAGACUUUGCUGACAUGGUGGAGGCCUAUUUACAAGAGCAUCAGAACUUGAAGAGGACCUUCUUAUUAGUGGACAGCUUGGUAGGAUUUCAGAAAGCAGACCACAUUGCCAUAGAAAUGUUGGAGGAGUUUGGGAUCCCUUACGUUUUUGUGUUAACCAAAAUGGACAAAGCUCCCAAGGGACUGUUGGUUAAAAAUGUACUGGAGAUCCAAGACUUCGCAGAGAAACACACUCAGGGGUGCUUUCCUCAACUCUUCCCAGUCAGUUCCAUAGAGUAUUCUGGCAUCCACCUGCUGAGGUGUUUUAUAGCCCAUGUUACAGGAAACCUUCCCAUGAUGAAUUCUUGACAGCCACAACUCUCCUGUUGUAUUCUACUCAUCCAGCACAACAGGGCUUCCUACCUGGAGGUGGAAAGGACCUGUCCUUUAAGAAGUUAUGAGAGGAUGAUG